AGUAACUUGAUCUCACAAACCACGAUAUCGUACAGUUCGCUCGACGCUCUUCAGUCUUUUGUUCAGGCACGAAAUCGAACACACUCCACUACACUACAACACAGUGAGUGACGGUGUGUAAACCAUUUCUUCUGAAGACCAAAUUUCUCAGCAGAGUUUGAUUUUGCCUUCUUCAAUGGAGUAUCGCAAGAUCAAGGAUCAGGAUAAAGAUGAAGAAUCCGCGGGUGACCUAGAACUUUCACGAGGGAAACCUAAUUCAGCUGCUUUGGGAGCUUUAUCUGGUGUAGCACCUCAAUGGAAGCGCAAGUCGAUGGUUACGCUUGCGCUGACUAUACUUACUAGUUCACAAGCUAUACUUAUUGUCUGGUCAAAGAGAGCUGGGAAAUAUGAUUACAGUGUUACAACUGCAAAUUUUUUGGUUGAAACUUUGAAAUGUGCAUUAUCACUUUUAGCCUUGGCAAAAAUCUGGAGAACUGAAGGUGUUAAUGAAGACAAUAGGUUAAGCACUACAGUGGAUGAAGUAAUUGUAUAUCCUAUACCAGCACUGCUUUAUCUUGUCAAGAAUUUGCUUCAGUAUUAUAUCUUUGCAUACGUGGAUGCUCCAGGAUAUCAAAUAUUGAAAAAUCUGAAUAUAAUCAGCACUGGUGUUCUCUAUCGUAUCAUUCUUAAGAAGCGGUUAAGUGAUAUUGAGUGGGCUGCUUUCAUUCUACUGUGUGCUGGGUGCACCACUGCACAGCUCACCUCCAAUUCUGAUCAUGUUCUUCAGACUCCACUUUAUGGUUGGGUCAUGGCCAUUGUCAUGGCUCUUUUGAGUGGGUUUGCUGGGGUCUACACGGAGGCAAUUAUCAAGAAACGUCCCCAAAGAAACAUAAACGUGCAGAACUUCUACUUAUACGUCUUUGGAAUGAUUUUCAAUGCCGUUGCAAUAGUGAUUCAAGAUUUUGAUGAAGUUGCAAAUAAGGGUUUUUUCCAUGGCUACUCGUUCAUUACUGUACUCAUGAUUGUAAAUCAUGCACUCAGUGGCAUUGCUGUCUCGAUGGUAAUGAAAUAUGCUGACAAUAUCGUGAAGGUAUAUUCAACUUCGGUAGCAAUGUUGCUGACAGCAAUUGUUUCUGUUUUUCUGUUUGGAUUUCAUCUCUCCCUUGCCUUUUUUCUUGGUGCUACUGUUGUGUCUGUCUCUGUGUAUCUACAAAAGGUUGGGAAAACGCCAAGGUAGCCGAACGCAGCAAUUCCUCUCUUUAUGAUUGGUCCCAUUGUGCUUAUAGAAUUUUUGCUAACAAAAUGAGACAGAUGAUAUUGUGGAAUUCAUAUUGACAAUGUCCUGAAGCUAGUGCUGUCACGAUUGGUGCUUCCGGUUCUAACAAUUUCUAAGCCGGAGGAAAGGCUAUAGUUUUUCUGGAGCCAGCGUGAUGAUCCUUCUACUAAACUAUGUGAAAGGCAUAUAGAACUUGUCAUGUCAUGUUGCAUUAAUUUUGUAUGGAUCAUUGUAAAUGUCAAUAUAUACGUAACAUUUGAGCUACUUGUGGUAACAUCUUGUUGGGUUCAUACUUGGAAAAGCUGCUGGUACAGGGGCGGUCUGCUUUGUACUGUAUGCGUGUCCCCUUCAUGUAUAUGCCAAGGUUGCCUAAUGGGAGUACCUUGUCUAUUGUCCAAGAGUAGUAUCUUAAUUAGCAUCUCACUCUAGAAUAUAGUUGUGUGAAAUGGGAUUAUUUUUACAAUUUGAAAAAUUAGAAAUGAUUUUUUCAUUAUUACUUGAAUUUUUAACAUCAGGACCAAUGAGUUUGGCCUUCUCUUUUCUCCCACGGUUUAUGUUGAUAUCUGAAAAAUCACUCUGGUAAAGGCUUGUGGCAGAUUUGGGGAUCAAUUGUGAAUUUGUGACCUCGUAUACUGGGGAAAAAAAGGAGUUUAGUAAGCUUGACUGAUAAAUGGCAACUAAUAGAUACUGAGGUGCCCUUAUAUAAAUGUUCUAUGGAUAAUCAUAAUCUCUAAC